AAACAAAAAAACGAAAGGCUCUAUACACUUUCUUUCGACCCUUCCGGGUGCUCUCAUUUAAUCCUCUACACUCGAACCAAGCCAUGCCUAUCGCGGAGCUCUUUCUUAGCGCCUUUCUUCAGGUGCUGUUUGAUAGGUUGGCCUCUCGUGAGCUUCUCAGCUUUGCACGGCGUGAGGGUAUCGAUGUACUGCUGAAAAAAUGGGAGGAGAUGCUGGUCAGCAUCAACCAGGUGUUGGAUGAUGCAGAGGAUAGGCAAUUGAAUGGUGAUGGCGGGGUGAACUCGUGGCUCAAAACUCUCAGGGACUUGGCCUACGACAUUGAAGACUUGCUGGAUGAGUUCGCCAUAGAGUCCGCAAAGAAUAAGUCCGAGGUAGAACCCGGCACUAGCAAGGUGCGUUCCCUUCUUCCGAGUUGUUGCUUCAGAUUGAGCCCGAGCGCAUUUAUGUUCGAUCGUAAAAUGAGAUCCAAGAUGGAAGAGAUGGAUGGCAGGUUAAACGAUAUCAUUACUCAGAAAAAUAUUCUGCACCUGAGAGAGAAUAAUGAGAAGCGAUCAGCAUACCGUCAAGUGGAUAAGCCAUUUCACACUACAAAUUUGCCUGAGCCUUGUUUUGUUAGUAGGGAGGUUGAGAAAAUGGAAAUCCUUGAAUUAUUGACCGAAGAAGAAAAUGAUAGGGCAUGUGUGGAUCCAAAAGUGAUUCCCAUCGUAGGGAUGGGGGGUCUUGGGAAGACGGCUCUGGCUCAGCAAGUCUACAAUGAUGAUAGAGUCAGCGACUAUUUCGAUGUGAAAGCAUGGGCUUGCGUUUCUGAUGAUUUCGACGUGCUUGCUAUUACAAAGAAGAUCCUUGAGACAACCAAUGGCCAUUUGUCUUGUGAAGGUAAGGACUUGGAUUGGCUUCAUGAAAAGCUCAAGGAACACCUUGCUAGGAAGAAGUUUCUUGUCGUUUUAGACGAUGUUUGGAACGAGAAUUAUGGAAACUGGACUAUCCUCAUGAAGCCUUUUCAAUUGGGAGCAAAGGGAAGCAAGAUCAUUGUCACGACUCGUAAUUUCCGCGUUGCUGAAAUAGCCCGUGCUCGACCCUAUACUCUCAAACCGUUGUCACAAGAUGCUUGUAUGACUUUGUUCACAUUUCAUGCUCUUGGAGCAAGAAAUUUCGAUCAUCAUCCUGAUCUUGAAGUAUUGGGCAUGAAAAUAGUGGAUAAAUGCCGAGGGUUGCCAUUAGCUGUGAAGACUUUGGCUGGGUUGCUGAGCUUUAACUUCAAUCCCCAUGAUUGGAAAGCUAUAUUGGAUAGCAAAAUUUGGGACCUACCAAAAGAAAGUAAUGAUAUCCUUCCGGCCUUGAAACUUAGCUAUCUCCAUCUCCCUUCAAAUUUGAGGAGAUGUUUUGCUUACUGCGCUAUAUUUCCCAAGGAUUAUGAAAUUGAACGAGACGAGUUGAUUCAUUGGUGGAUUGCAGAGGGCUUGUUGGAAGGAAAAGAAGGAAAGAACCGUUGGAAUGUAGGUUUGAAACUUAUUAACGAACUUAGUAUCUAGAUCUUUACUUCAAAAGUCAAGUAGUAGUGAAUCACGAUUCUUGAUGCAUGAUCUUGUGAAUGACCUGGCAAAGCUAGUUGCCAGUGUAACUUGCUUUAGCUUGGGGGGUUUGACUUGA